AUGGCCACUGGCAUGCUUGCUGGCCUCGUCUUCGGCGCCUUCAAGGUCUUUGGCCCCAAGCAGACCGGCCGCCCUAAGCGCAAGCCUGCACCCGUCAGUGCGCCUGUCACAGUCACUGCUACCGGCGCAGGUGGAUAUCAAGAGGAAUGGAUCCCGGAGCACCACAUCCGCAAGCCCAAGGCGGUGCGAACCAAGAGUAAGACUGCGGCCAGCGGCGAUGAGUUUUCGGAGAUGAGCGCCAGCGAGAUUUCUGAGAAAGAGGGCUCGAAGAAGACCAAGGGAAAGGGUCGCAAGUAA